GGCCACGUCCUCAGCCGCUGUCGCUUGUCAGCAAACAUGGCUGCCGCCGGGCGAAGGGGAAGGGGGGCCGCGGCGGGACCGGCGUCGCCGUUAUCGAUCAGGCGGGCGUCCCUCUUUCUUUUUUUCGUGCUGUUGGACGUGGCCCGACCGUCUUGGGGCCGGGGUGGGAACGAUACCGCCCAUGAGACAGAGUCAUCUCAGAAAGACACUGAUUUGCCACUCAACACCAGUUCACCACCCACAAUUUCAGCAGUCAGUCAGAUCAGUACAAAGAAUUCAGCAAAAGGGGAAAUGCGCUCAUCAACUUUGGAAGUUGAUCCUUCUGUUGUACCUGACCUGACAGUAGAAGAUAAAUCAGCCACAUCUCCAACAACAGUUUCUGUGUCUCUUGGGUCUAAUUCUGAUAUUGGUGAUGACACAGAUGACAAUGAUGAUGAUGAGGACGAUGACAUUGGAGAUGGUUUAAUGACAAAUUCACUAUCAACAGCAAAAGAAACUGUGGAUCCUGGUGAUUCUCAAGAAGAUGACAAUCAAAUUGAAGAGACAUUAGAUUUCCAAGAUGAAGAAGAGCAGUGGGCAAGCACACACAGCUAUGGAAAUAAGCCAUUUGCUGAUGAGAUGAAGGACUCUGUUUCAGGAUUAGAAGAAGAUAGCCAUUUCUUUUUUCAUCUGGUGGUCGUUGCCUUUUUGGUAGCUGUGGUUUACAUCACGUAUCAUAAUAAAAGGAAGAUCAUCCUGUUGGUUCAGGGAAGAAGGUGGCGAGAUGGACUUUGCUCUAGAACAGUUGGAUAUCAUCGUUUAGAUCAAAAUGUUAAUGAGGCAAUGCCUUCAUUAAAAAUUACCAAUGAUUACGUUUUUUAAAAGUGGUGUGAACUGAAUUUGCCAAACUAAUUUUUU